AUGGACAUCCUUAACAAGAAGCCCGUCAACCUCGCGGUGCAUACUAGCCCAGACCACGAUCUACGUCUCGUAGAAUGUGAAAUCCCAGAGAUUGGGCAAAAUGAUUGUCUUGUUCACGUUCGCGCAUCUGGAAUAUGCGGUUCUGACGUUCACUUCUGGAAGCACGGGCGGAUUGGCCCGAUGGUAGUCACAGGAGACUAUGGUCUUGGCCACGAGAGUGCAGGAGUCGUUUUGAAAGUUGGAGAAUCGGUGACACGUUUCAAGCCCGGCGACCGUGUGGCGUUAGAAUGCGGGGUUCCUUGCUCAAAGCCUACCUGUUUCUAUUGUCGAACAGGAAGAUACAACGCCUGUCCAGACGUUGUAUUCUUCUCCACACCUCCUUACAACGGAGUAUUGCGGCGAUAUCAUGCUCAUCCCGAAGCUUGGCUACACAAGCUCCCCGACCACGUUUCGUUUGAAGAGGGGUCAUUAGUUGAACCUCUCUCAGUUGCUCUCGCCGGCAUUGAUCGCUCCGGUCUCCGACUCGCGGAUCCUCUUGUGAUCUGUGGUGCUGGCCCCAUCGGGCUGACUUCUCUGCUAGCCGCGAACGCUGCCGGAGCUGAACCGAUCGUCAUCACCGACUUGGACGAGGGUCGGCUUACAAAAGCCAAAGAACUAAUUCCUCGUGUUCGUACAGUCCUGGUCGAGAAGGGCCAAGACUCAAAAGCCAUCGCUGCCAAGAUUGUCGAGCAACUAGGCCAAGAAGCCAAGCUAGUACUGGAGUGUACAGGUGUUGAAAGCAGCAUCCACUCCGGUAUUUACGUAAGAAUCACUUCAAUGAUUGAUUGA